AGAAAUCAAACAAAAGAUGAUUCUUUGAAGAAUAAGUUGACGGCUUUGGCCACCAGUGCUCUCGACAGAGCGGAAGUACUGAAACAGCCGUCUAAAUCAAGUACAACAACAGACUGUGAUCUUAACACUGGAAUCAAUGACCUAAAACUCAGUCCCAAAAGUGUCGUUCCUGUGGGACAAUCAUCGACCGGUAUUACUAGCGGACAGUCAUUAUCGCCGCAACACGUCAUUAGCGGACAGUCGGCCUAUACUCGCGAAGAGAUCCAAGUCUUAAGGACCACAUCACUAAUCAAUGGUCGCGAAUACGUGCCUUUCCUUAAUGUGGACCUUAAGGAGCGUUUCUCAUAUCCGAUGCCGUUCUCCGAUAGGGACGGACUGUUAGUAUUGGCGCCCAAACAGAAAAACCAGUUCCAGAGGUGGGCGCGACUCGAAGAGUUGACCCGCGAACCGGCGGUCAUCGCCGACGCUGUCGACUGUUUCGCUAUUAAACAGACAAUUGUGAGCGACUGUUCGUUUGUGGCCUCACUGGCGGUGUCCGCCCUCUACGAGAAACGCUUUAACAAACGUCUCAUCACAACCAUUAUAUACCCUCAACGCCGAGACGGCCGGCCUGUGUAUAACCCGUGCGGCAAAUAUAUGAUUAAAUUCAAUUUGAAUGGAGUUUCCCGAAAGAUUUUAAUCGACGACAGACUCCCAGUGGACCGAUUCGGGCAACUUUUGUGCUCCUAUUCUAGUAAUCGAAACGAGUUUUGGGUCUCAUUGCUGGAGAAGGCGUACAUGAAAGUGAUGGGCGGCUAUGACUUUCCCGGUAGUAAUUCUAACAUUGAUUUGCAUUCACUGACGGGUUGGAUACCGGAGCGGCUCUCCAUUCACGGCCACGAGUCGGAAAAGGAGCGCACGUUUAAGAUACGUAUUGAUAACAUUCGAGAUUUGCAUUCACUGACGGGUUGGAUACCGGAGCGGCUCUCCAUUCACGGCCACGAGUCGGAAAAGGAGCGCACGUUUAAGAUGUUAUGCGAACGACACGCGAAGGGAGACGUAUUAAUAACAUUCGCGACGGGAGAGCUGAACGAUGCCGAAUGCGAGCGCACAGGUUUGGUGGCCACACACGCCUACGCCCUGCUCGACAUUAAGGCCGUACAGAAUAAACGGCUAUUUUUAUUGAAGAAUCCGUGGAGUCAUUUGCGAUGGAAAGGCAAUUAUUCUGAACGAGAUGUCAAUAACUGGACGCCAUCUCUGAAAGAGGCCCUCCAUUAUGACCCGCAAAGUGCCAGAAAUUUUGAUAAUGGUGUCUUUUGGAUAGACAUUGACUCUUUGUACCAGUUUUACGACGUGGCGUACCUUAACUGGAGUCCCGCUCUCUUUAAAUACACAUAUUGUACUCAUGAUUCGUGGAACGCAGGGGUGGGACCCGUAAAGGACCUGUACUUCAUCGGUGAUAACCCACAGUAUAAUCUGACCCUUAAAAGCGGCGACAGUACUGUUUGGGUUUUGUUGACCCGUCAUAUCACUGAUAAAAGCGAUUUUGCAAAUAAUAACGAAUACAUCGCUCUAUUGGUCUAUAAAAACAAUGGAGAAAAAGUUUAUAUGCCGUUCGAUCCGCCGCCAUAUAUAGACGGCGUCCGUAUUAAUAGUCCGCACUAUUUAUGCAAAAUUACGCCCAAACCUCAGGAGCCGUGCAGUCGGUAUACACUCGCGAUAUCACAGUAUGAGAAGUCGACGACCAUUAACUACACUAUACGUGUCUACUCUACCGGUGCUUUUCAGCUUAAAAAACUACUCAAUCCAUACAAAUAUAAAGAGAUGGAAAAGAACGGCAAAUGGACGGCCGAUACGGCCGGUGGUUGUGCUAACAAUAGGGACACGUAUCACAAGAAUCCUGUCUAUCAAUUCACUAUUACCGGUGCCAACGAUGCG